CAGGUUUGUGUCACGCUCCGCCUUCCUACUGCCAGUCCGUGGGAAGGGGAAGUGACGUACAUCCGGUGUAAUGGCGGCGCGGUGGAGCUUUAGGUGAUGUUUGCAGACGUAAAAAGUAAACUGUCAAGGAAUUCAAACCAUUGUGUACUUAUUACUUGAACCAACUUGAGGAAGGAUUCUUUGAUUUAUCAGACCAGCUGGCAAUAGAAAAUGAAAAGUAGUGUGGCACAGAUAAAACAUUCUUCUGGUCAUGACAGAAGGGAAAACUAUAAUUCAUAUCAGAGGACCUCUUCUCCUGAAGACAGAUAUGCAGAACAAGAAAGGUCCCCUCGGGAUAGAGAUUACUUUGAUUAUAGCAGGUCAGACUAUGAACAUUCAAGAAGAGGACAUUCUUAUGAUGGUGGCAUGGAAUCACGAAGCAGGGAUCGAGAAAAACGCAGAGAGAGAGAAAGAGAUAUGGAUCGGAAAAGGUCCCGAAAAUCUCCAUCUCCUGGGAGAAGAAGCCCAGAACCAUCAGGAACCCAGAGUUCUGCUCAGGAUGAACCUACUGCAAAGAAGAAGAAAGAUGAGUUGGAUCCUCUUCUCACUAGAACUGGUGGAGCAUAUAUUCCUCCUGCAAAGCUUAGAAUGAUGCAAGAACAGAUUACAGAUAAGAACAGCUUAGCAUAUCAGAGGAUGAGCUGGGAGGCCCUAAAGAAGUCAAUCAAUGGUCUUAUCAACAAAGUCAACAUUUCCAAUAUAAGUAUUAUUAUUCAAGAGCUUCUCCAGGAAAAUAUAGUUAGAGGAAGAGGACUGCUGUCCAGAUCUGUUUUGCAAGCCCAGAGUGCUUCUCCAAUCUUCACCCAUGUUUAUGCAGCAUUGGUGGCAAUAAUCAACUCAAAAUUUCCACAAAUUGGAGAAUUAAUCCUCAAGAGGUUGAUUCUUAAUUUUCGAAAAGGCUAUAGAAGAAAUGAUAAGCAACUUUGUCUGACUGCUUCAAAAUUUGUGGCACAUCUUAUUAACCAAAAUGUGGCACAUGAGGUUUUAUGCUUAGAGAUGCUCACUUUGCUUCUGGAAAGACCAACAGAUGAUAGUGUUGAAGUAGCCAUUGGUUUUCUCAAAGAAUGUGGCCUCAAAUUAACACAAGUUUCACCACGAGGCAUCAAUGCUAUCUUUGAACGCCUUCGAAACAUUCUGCAUGAAUCUGAAAUUGACAAAAGAGUUCAAUAUAUGAUUGAAGUGAUGUUUGCCGUACGGAAGGAUGGAUUCAAGGAUCAUCCUAUUAUCCUGGAUGGACUUGACUUGGUUGAAGAAGAUGAUCAGUUCACCCAUAUGCUUCCUUUGGAGGAUGACUAUAAUCCAGAAGAUGUUCUUAAUGUUUUCAAGAUGGAUCCUAAUUUUAUGGAAAAUGAAGACAAGUACAGAGCUAUUAAGAAGGAAAUUCUUGAUGAAGGAGAUAGUGAUUCAAACACAGACCAAGAUGCUGAAAGUAGUGAAGAGGAGGAAGAAGAAGAGGAAGAAGGAGAAGAAGAUGAGGAAGGACAGAAAGUGACUAUCCAUGACAAGACAGAAAUUAAUCUAGUCUCAUUUCGUCGUACAAUAUAUCUUGCUAUUCAGUCGAGUUUAGAUUUUGAAGAAUGUGCUCACAAACUGCUGAAAAUGGAGUUUCCUGAAAGUCAAACAAAAGAACUGUGCAAUAUGAUACUUGAUUGCUGUGCCCAACAAAGAACAUAUGAGAAAUUUUUUGGCUUACUGGCUGGGCGAUUUUGCAUGCUAAAAAAGGAAUACAUGGAAUCCUUUGAAAGCAUAUUCAAAGAGCAAUAUGAUACAAUCCAUCGCUUGGAAACAAACAAAUUGAGAAAUGUUGCUAAGAUGUUUGCUCACCUUUUAUACACUGAUUCACUUCCAUGGAGUGUUCUAGAAUGUAUAAAACUGAGUGAAGAAACCACUACAUCAUCUAGUAGAAUUUUUGUCAAAAUAUUUUUCCAGGAACUGUGUGAAUACAUGGGUCUUCCUAAACUUAAUGCAAGAUUAAAGGAUGAAACCCUACAGCCAUUCUUUGAAGGAUUAUUACCACGAGAUAAUCCAAGAAAUACUCGGUUUGCCAUCAACUUCUUUACUUCUAUAGGUCUUGGAGGUUUAACGGAUGAACUGCGCGAGCAUCUCAAAAAUACACCAAAGGUCAUUGUGGCACAAAAACCAGAUGUUGAGCAAAAUAAAUCCUCCCUGACCUCUUCGUCUUCAGCAUCAUCCUCUUCUGAGUCUGACUCCUCCGACUCUGAUUCUGACAGCAGCGAGAGCAGUUCAGAGUCUUCCAGUGAGGAGAGUGACUCUUCAUCCACCAGUAGUCAGAGCUCUGCCUCAGCUAAAGAUGUAAGAAAGAAGGGACAAGGGAAGACUAGAAGUAAAGAAGUAGAUAAACCAAUCAGGAACCAACAAACAAAUGAUAGGAGACAAGAAGAAAGAAGAGCAGAACAAAAGCACCAGGAAUUAAGGACUGAGAGAGAAAGAAGGUCAGAAAAACACAGAAGUCAAAAUUCAAGAGAUCUGAAUUGGAGAGAUCCUGUAACAAAAUACAUGUCAGACAGAAGUAUACAUUCGGAUGGAAAUAGUUAUAGUAGAAUUGGAAAUAACCGAGAUGAGGACGUAUACUUUGAUUUGGAAAAUAGACGUGGUGAUCCAAAAAAGAAGAGAAGAGAGAGAAGAAAUUCUUUUUCUGAAAAUGAGAAACACAGACUCCUAAAUCAGGACAGUGAAAAUUUUAGAAGAAAAGAUAGAUCAAAGUCAAGGGAAAAGAAUAGAAAACAUUCAGGCUCUAAAAGUGAUGAGGAUAGGUAUCAGAAUGGCGCCGAGAGACGAUGGGAAAAGUCUGGCAGAUACUCCGAACAUUCCAGAGAAUCAAAGAAAAAUCAGGACCGGCGAAGAGAGAAAUCUCCAAUGAGGCAAAAAUGAUUCUACAGAGUAACAUAAUCUGAACAUGCCUUAUAUUCAGUUCAAGCGAAGUAUUUUUUACACUUGAUUAACAAACUUUAUAGAGAACUCUUGUAUAAAGUACUGGUUUGUAUUUGUAAAUUUUAAAAAUGUUUUCGUUUCAACAUGUUUUAUAAUUGAUAUAUCUCAAGACCCUCCACAUAAAAUUAUUAGGAGAAAAGUCUCAACAGAAAGGGGAUGUUAAGUCUUACUUAUAUUUUGUGAAUAAAAUGAUCAAAUGCUUAUUGAAUCAGUGAUUUCUUUUCAUUGACAAAAUAGUUUUUCUGAUGAUAAUGUUUUUAAUUACUUAAAAAUUUUCUAUAAUUAUGAGUGACUUUUUGUUUCUAACUGAAGACCAAAAUAGAUGAACCAUUUUAAUUUAAUAGGUUUGCUUUAGUAAUGAAAUGUUAGAAACCUUUUACAAGUUACCAUAUUUUUUUUUUUCAGAGUAGGGGGUUUAUUAUAAGUUUCAUAUUAUAUCAAACAAAUUAGGUAAUGUGUAAUUUUUUUCUGAAGUAUUUUGGUGAAGCAGGGUAUAUGUUAGUCUUUAAACUGAUGCAUGGCUAUAUUAUGUAAAAUUGGUCUCUGUUUGGUGACAGUUCAUUCUGAACUGCUACAAAUGUUAAAUUGAAACUUACUUUUCUUAGCCCUGAAGUUAUAUCACUGGUAAGUUUAAGUGUAUUUGAUUUUUAAUUUGGAUUAAUAUGUCUUUGGAAAACAUAGUCAUGAGAUAUGCAAAAAACCUAUGGUAUAAUUCCAAUUUUUUAUAAGAAUUUUAAGGGUUUCCAUCAUUGUAACUUUUACUAAUUAAUAUGUGACCACAUUAUUUAUUACCAUUGAAAUAAAAUAUCUCCUCUGA